GUUACAGCUACUAAAUUUAAAAACAUUUUUUCCUUUGGUGAUUUGAAGUAAAUACGUCAUUCGUUUGACUUUGACAGAUGACGUUUUCUUGAACGAAAACCAUAGACUAAAAAAUAUUUUUUAUCGACUUGGACUGCAGAAUCAGCGAAGUACGCGAGUUGGUCAGAUGGCUAGCUAAUAAUGAACGAAAACGCUAUGGCGCAAAUCGCAAUCGAAACAUAUUAUUAUAAAUAAGUAUAAUACCGGUGUACAUAUAUGUUUUAGUGUAUGGUUUUCGUUCAAGAAAACGUCAGCUGUCACCUGUUAAAUGACUUGAAGUUUUGAAAGUGUUAUUCGUUACGUUGUUUAGUGCUGUAAAUUUUUAAAUAAUGGAGCGUUUGCGAUCAAGCGUCGAACAAAAUAUUCUCCUUACAUGGGGACAUCGCCAGACCGCAAGCGUCCAAAGCCCAAUCCAAAGCGACCGUUUGUGGCAGCAGCCAACAAAUAUGCUCAAUUCCACUGGCGGUGGUGUUCAGAGACCCGUCGAAAAAUGGAAGAAAGUAUGGGCAGAUAUGAAAACGAAAACGAAGAGCAAAGCUUUAAAAAUAAAAAAGCAUUUGAGUAAUACAGGGGGUGGCCCUCACGGCAGGCUCAGGCUUUCGGAGCUGGAAGAAUGGGUGCUUACUGUAAUGGGUGUGGCCUGUGUCACUGUGGGCAUGCACAUAUUGCUGAAAGGGGCCUACACAACUAUUUGGAGAAUCAGAGGAACCCGAGCCGCAGCCUGGGUCGUCUUCGGCUUCAAAUUGUUAGAUGUCCAGUGCGACUAG